CGCUCGGCCGCUCCAAUCUCUCUCCCGAAAAAAACCCUAAACCCCAUCGCCACCUCGCCGCCGGCGAUCUACGCCGCCGCCGCCAUGUUCGGGACCCCGUCCUCCUCUCCCCUCUUUGGGACCCCAUCCUCCACACCAGCCUUCGGGACCCCCUCCGCCACCCCGGCCUUCGGCACGCCUUCCUCCACCCCCGCAUUCGGCGCGCCGUCGUCCACCCCGGCCUUCGGCACGCCCUCGUCGACGCCCGCCUUCGGGGCCCCGUCUUCGACCCCGGCGUUCGGGACCCCAUCGUCAACCCCGGCGUUCGGGACCCCAUCGUCGACUCCGGCAUUCGGCACGCCGUCGUCGACGCCCGCAUUCGGGGCCGCGUCCUCGGCCCCAGCGUUUGGCGGGCUAUCGGCUUUCGGGACGCCCUCGUCGACCCCGGCGUUCGGCGCGCCCUCGUCGACCCCGGCGUUCGGCGCGAGUCCUUCGCCCUCGCCCUUCGGGUUCCAGCAGCAGGCGACGCCGUCCCCGUCGCCGUUCGGCAUGCUCGGGGGAGGGGCCGGGCAAAUCACCACCCAGAUGGCCCCCGUCGCUCCGCUGCCGCUCUCUCCGUCCGACCGCGACAUCCAGGCUAUCGUGGAUGCGUACAAGGAGGACCCCGGGAACCCCCGGUAUGCUUUCAGGCAUCUGUUGUUCAGCGUGACAGACCCUUCACAAAGGGUGAAGCCAGUUGCAGCAUCAGAUAUUAUGUGGGCUGAAGCAAUGGGGAAGCUUGAGUGCAUGGACAGUGCAGAUAGGGAGAGGCUGUGGCCUCAGCUUGUGCAGGGGUUUAAAGACCUCUCCCACCGGCUUAAGCUUCAAGAUGAAGUCAUAGUGUCGGAUACUGAUAGAUUGAGCAUGACUAACUCUAAUGUUAAGAAGCUGCAAAGGCAUUUCCAAGCUCACACGUAUCCAUGGAUCCAGCGAUUGAAGCAGCAAGAGCUUGUUAUUCAGAGACGUCUUUUAAGGUUUGUUAGAAUAGUGGAGACGUUGGAGAAUAGGGGUUACCGCAGUCCUUUAACGAAGGAGGAAGCUGACUUAUAUGAAAGAUUGGUUGCCAUAUUAAAGCAGCUAAAAGGACCUAAUGCUGAUCUGUCUAAGAGAGUUAAUACACUUCUUUCAACGUCACAUAUUCUGGCUAGCACUGGUGGUGCUGGUGGUCCUGUAUAUAUUCCUAAUUCGGCCAAAGUUGAUGAACGUAGUGUUACAGAUCUUCUUGAGACCUUACAGCAGCAUACGGAGGCAGUUGCCAAGUUAGGUAAUGUGUUGAAGAGGGAUAUCAGGGACCUGGAGAUCAUCCAGUCAAAAGACAUGGAUAUGGCUGAAGACAGCCUUGGGAGAAGGGCACUGAAGAUAUAGGAUUGAAUCAAGGUCUUCAUCAAAGCUACUAAUAAGCAGGGUUUGAAAGGGAGUUCCAUCUCAUACGAGGAUCUGAGCCUCCGAAUGGUUUGGAGUAUUGACUAGAGAAAUCUACUGUGUAUCUGGCGCAGUCAAGCUUGAUUCUGCAUUCUUUUGGAAGCUAACCAUUGUCUGGUAGGUUGUGUGUCGGAAUGAGGCGGUAUUCUUGAACUUUGUCCUCGCGCUAACUACAUUUUGAGUGGUGUCAUGGUGGAAACUACGCCUUGGGCUGCUGAGCUCUUGUAACUUCCCCCGGGGAUGGAUGGUUUCGGCAGAUGGACCAUGAGUGCAUGUAAUCUUGAUCAUGCGUGGAUGUAAUCCUUGUUGUAAAAUACAUUCUGGAUGCUGUAGAUCAACCAUGGCUGUGGCCUGUAGCCUUGAAUGGUUCAUGCA